AUGACGACCAACGGUACCAAGAGAAGAAAAUUGGCUCACGAUGCCUCAGAUGACGAGGCGCAAUCGAGAAAGGCUCAGAAGGAUUUCUUCAAACAGGCCGCCAAUUGGGACCUUGAAGACAGCUACGAGACUCGUCGUCGCAAGAGCAAAAAGGCCAGCAAAGAAAGCACCAAGCUGCCAAUUAAGACCGCCGACGGUCGCCUAGAGGUCCUUCGGGAGCUUGAGAAGGAGGAAGACUUGGUAUCUGUCGAGAGCGACACAGAAUGGUUAGAGGGCCGAGAGGACGAUAUCGAGUCAGAGCUCGAGGAGGUGGAAGAAGAGGCGCCCACCGUCUCCGAGGCUCAGCAGAUCCGAGAAGCGCAAGAAGAGCUGGCCAAGGCUGCCACGGCUCUGAAUGAAAACCCAGAAGAACAUGUCGGCUCGCUCAAAACCCUGGCUACGAUUGGCGAGUCCAAGAUCCCCGCUAUUCAGAUGCUGGCCCUCAUGACGCAAAUGUCGGUUUACAAAGACAUCAUCCCUGGAUAUCGCAUACGGCCUCAGACCGAAGACGGGCCGACGGAGAAGGUGUCCAAGGAAGUUCGCACAAUGCGCCAGUAUGAACAGGCGCUGGUGUCUGGCUAUCAGAACUAUGUCAAGGAAUUGGCUCGGUGCGCCAAGGAUCAAACACCUGCAAUGAGAGGAGGACAGAGUGUUUCUGGCAUUGCCAUCACAUGUGCCUGCACCUUGAUAGCUGCAGUCCCGCACUUCAACUUCCGCUCCGAACUGCUGAGGAUCUUGGUAAACAAGCUGAGCCGGAAGAAGAUCGAUAACAAUUCAGUCAAGUGUCUCCAGGCGCUGGAGACAUUGUUCCGCGAAGAUGAGGAUGGCAAGCCAACAAUGGAGGCAGUUUCACUAUUGUCCAAGAUGAUGAAAGCCCGAGAUUACGAGGUAAACGAAAGUGUUCUCAACCUCUUCCUUAGCCUUCGCCUGCUCUCUGAGUUCGCCGGCAAGGCAUCACAAGACACGGUUGAGCGCCCCGAGGCUGCCAAAGUGAAGAAGGGCAAGCGAGAAUUCCGAACAAAGCGAAUGAGGAAGGCCAUGAAAGAACAGAAGUCUCUGGAGAAGGACAUGGCUGCCGCGGAUGCAUUGGUCGACCACGAGGAACGGGAGAAGAUGCAGUCUGAGACUCUCAAGCUCGUGUUCGCCACGUACUUCCGCAUCCUGAAAAUGCGCGCUCCCCAUCUGAUGGGUGCCGUGCUCGAGGGUCUGGCUAAAUACGCUCACCUUAUCAACCAGGAUUUCUUUGGUGACUUGCUCGAGGCGCUCAAGGAUCUGAUCCGACACGCCGACGAUGAUGUUGACGCCGACCUCGCCGCCGAACACGAGGACGACGACAGCGUGUCCAUGAGAAACCUGACGCGCGAAGCUCUUCUCUGCACUGUCACCGCAUUCGCCCUCCUCGAAGGCCAAGAUGCCCACAACUCGCGCAACACUCUCCAUCUCGACCUCACCUUCUUCACCACCCACCUCUUCACCUCCCUUCUCAACCUCUCAAUCCACCCCGAUCUCGAGCUCACCAAGAUGACCAACUCCACAUCCUCCGUCUCCAAGAUCAACGUCCAAACCACAACCGUCCUGCUCCUCCGCUCCCUCACCGCAAUCCUUCUCCCCGCAUGGAACAUCCGCUCCGUGCCGCCUCUCAAGCUAGCCGCCUUCAGCAAGCAGCUCAUGACCGCCGCGCUGCAACUGCCCGACAAGUCCUGCCAGGCUACCCUCGGCCUGCUCAACGACGUGGCAAACACCCACGGCAAGAAGAUUGCCAGCUUGUGGAACACAGAGGAGCGUAAGGGAGACGGGCGCCACAACGCCCUGAGCGAUACGGUCGAGGGCAGCAACCCAUUUGCUGCGACAGUGUGGGAGGGCGAGCUUUUGAAGAAGCACUUUUCGCCAAAGGUUAGAGAAGGGUUGAAGUUGUUUGAGAAGAGUUUGCCCACAUCAUCUUAA